AUGGUCAUCCCUAAAUUCCUGAAUCAUGAGAAAGCUAAGCUCUCAUACAUGAGCCUACAUUUUGUUAAUGUUUACGUCCCAUACAGAAUAACUGGUAUUCAUGAAAAACUCAAUGAAGGUGUUGGAAUGACACUCUCCCCUGCCACAGAACUCAGGGAAACAGGGCUUCGACCUGUGCUGACUCGUGCAGCCUCCAAUAUUCCAUGUUGUGUCACCACGCAUAAACCUAUUGAAAAAAUUCUGAUAUGGUAUGAGAAGGUUCCAAGUAAUCUGUUGAGUUGUAUUGUGCAAGAAAGCUCUAGCAGUGCAUCUACUAGAUAUGUUCACUCUAACCUGGGAGCCACCAAGUCGGCAACCAACAACAUGUCCCUGCUGUCUCGUUACUUACACCACAGAAGAUGGAUUUGGUCUGUUCAAGCUCCCAGUGCUCCAGCUGUCUCCCUCAAUGCUGUUGCCAGAAUUCUGAAUACUUUAGCGAGAAUACGUCUUCAAGAAGGAUUCAACUUUGCAUAUUCCUGCAAUGGAAUCAUCACAAUGGUGCGGGAAUUUGAUAUGAAGCUUGAACUUCGAGAGAGCGAUGACAACGGACUGUUAGAAUCUAAUGUCGAAGGCAGUCUGGAAACAUUUCCAUGUGUUGCUCAGUAUGUUAUUUUUCCACCCCAUGUGACCAACUCAGCUAGAGAAAGCACUGUGGAUGAGGACUGAAGGUGACAGUAUAGAAGCAGAUGGAGAGUUGCAGGUUGUAACGGAAUGCUGGAUCGAGCCACAGAAUGGUGCCGUCAUAUCCCCCUCACCCCAUGUGGAGCAUUACC